AUGGAACCAAAUAUAACAUUUUCUGAUCAAACACAUAAAAUUAUUAUUCCAUCCCCUCGACCAACUGGUGAUCGUACUGGUCUAUAUAUUCUCUUAUUAUUAUUAAGUCUUCUAUUUAUACUUAUUUUUUAUUUAAUUUAUAAUUUUAUAGCAUAUAAACGUUAUUCUUAUUCUCAAAAGAAGAAACUUGAAAUAGAAAAACAAUUCAAUGAUCGUUUAUUAGCUGUUCUUAGUCAGUGUAAUGAACAACAACAACAACAACAACAACAACAACAGCAACAACAAUCAAUGAAACGUUCACAUUCAUAUGAACAAUCAAUAAUUUCGUCAAAUGAUGCUCCAUUAUUAAUUACAACUUCAUUAAAUAAUCAAGAAAAUUUUAAAUCAAUAAAUAAAUCUGUUUCAAAUCAAUAUCAUAUUACAAAUCAACUUGUUUCUGAUCUUUAA